AUGGGGCAGAGAGUCUCGGGGCGGCGUCAUCGAGUGUCCCGUCUUCCAGGUUGUUGCAGGCGUAGACGCUCCUCCGCCUCCCUGGACGAAGACUACUCUCCCUCUCCCUCUCACCCUCCUCACCCUCGCUCCGUAGUCGCCACCUCCUACUCCUACACUUCCUACGCCAACUCCUCCCCCGAGCCCCCAUCCUCCACCCCGCUCCUUGCCUCUCCCACGCCCUCGACCUCCUCACUGCCACUCCCUCGCUCCACCGCCUCCAUCGCCACUUUCCCCACCUCAGUAGUCACCACGGCCGCCUCACCCUUCCCCCAUGCCCCCUCUCCUGGCCUUCCUCCCCCUGUGGGCUCGUCUGGCUCCUAUUCGACGCCUCCAAUCACUCCUGUGCCCGUAGUCAAACCCGUAGCCUCGUCUUCUGCCUCCUUACCUCCCCCCGGCAUUUCUACCUCCUCUGUGCCACCCUCAGGCUACUCAUCUCCCCCGGUAGCAGCCCCAGCCUCAUCCAGCCCUCUCUUAGUCUCCCCAGCCUCCUCCUACGCCCCUGCAGCGGCCUCCUCCCCUUCCUACGCAACCCCUGGAAAAUCACCUCCACAUAUCGUUACUCCCGCUUCCACCAGCCACCCCACCACCCCAUACCGCCCCCCCAUGUCUCCGAGGGGCGGGGGUGUGCACCCUCACGCCCCCGGCAGGGUCUCUCCGGCGUGGGGGGAGGGGGGCGCUGCAUACCCCGUCACCCGCACCACCGUCACGGCAACAACCACCGCUGCCCUCGCCUCCGCCUCCGCCGCCUCGAGAAGUCCAGAACACCCCUCCCAACGCUGGAAGACGCUGUGUGAGUACUGCGCCAAGAAGUGCUCCGGGGAGGUGCUUCGCGUGCAGGAGAAGUACUUCCACAUCAACUGCUUCAAAUGUCACAGCUGCAAGAAGUCGCUAGCUCAGGGCGGGUUCUUCACGCGAGAGAAGGACUACUAUUGCACUGAUUGCUACCAAAAGAACUUCGGCCAGCGCUGCGCCACCUGCGGCCUCUUCGUGGAGGGCGAGGUGGUGUCCGCCCUCGGGAACUCCUACCAUCAAAAGUGCUUCACGUGUGCUCGCUGCAGACAGCCCUUCCCGACCGGGGAGCGCGUCACCUACACAGGGAAGGAGUGCCUCUGCCAGCGAUGCCUCCACAUCCCCGUCGUGGACUCCCAGUCGCCCAGCCGCUCCCCGACCACCGCCGGCCCGAAAUGUGCCGGGUGCAAGGAGGAGCUGGUGGAGGGCCAGGCACUCAUCGCCCUGGACCAGCAGUGGCACAUCUGGUGCUUCAAGUGUGCCAUUUGCAGCACCGUCCUGCACGGGGAAUACAUGGGAAAGGACGGUCUCCCCUACUGCGAGAAGGACUACCAGGCCCAAUUUGGGGUAAAAUGUGCCUACUGCAACCGGUUCAUCAGCGGGAAGGUGCUGCAGGCCGGCGACAACCACCACUUCCACCCGACCUGCGCCCGCUGCACCAAGUGUGGCGACCCCUUCGGCGACGGGGAGGAGAUGUACCUGCAGGGUACAGCCAUUUGGCACCCUCGCUGUGGCCCAGGACCCACUGAAAACGGCACAGUCCUGAAUGGCUCACUCUCCAACGGCCACCACGUCAACGGAGACCAGAAGCCCGAGAGGGAGCGAGACUUUGAUGGCAUGAGUUCCACUGCAUCAGAAACACAGUUUUCCCGCUCCCGCACGCCAAGUCUUAAUGGAUCCUUCCGCUCCUAUAGUCCUUAUAACAGCAUAAACCGGAAGUUCUCAGGCCCGUACCGCACCUGCUCACCGGGCUUGAUCCUGAGGGAGUACAAGUCCUCUCAGAGCCCCAUUGACAUCACGCGCAUCUACACCUACUCAUAUCUCACUGCCGAGCCUUCCCAAGGGUACCUCAAGCGCCCACUGGACCCAUACGACCGUCCUCCACCGAAGUCGCCACAUUUCCACCGUCCACCAACGGAUUCCCGGAAGCUCUCACUGCCCAAGACCUCAAGCCGGCUGGGGAUGAGGGUGUUGGUGGACCAGAUGCAGUCCGACACGCCGAGGCCCAAAUCCCCGCACAUGAACAACGAGGAGCCCAUCAUCCUGUCCCACUACCCCGGGGGACGCAAGCCACCAUCCGGCGAUGUCUCCCGCAUUGAACGAGAUGAUUUCCCCGCCCCGCCCUACCCCUACACAGACCCCGAUGUUUCAGAGCGGCGGCGGAGAUGGUCUGGCAGCAACAAGGCCGUCAGCAUCGACGAAACAGACGAGGGAACCGAACAGGAGGAUGAAAGUCUGGUUGAAGAUCCUAAACUAAAGAGGGAAGAAGUCGAGCUAAGCAAGAUUGCAACAGGCAUUGGUAAAGUGUUCCUUCAACAAGUGAAGGAAAGGGAGAAGAUUCGCGCUUGGAAGGCCACUCACCUGGACCCUCGCAAUGCCUCACGAACCCCGGCUGCCGACCGCGAGCCCGGUUACAAACUACGCUUCGGGUCAUCUCUAAAUGCCUCACCUUCCCGGAUGACCGACCACAGCCGCCCGUGGGGACCCGAGGAGGAUGAGUUCGACAGAGGCUCUUCCUACCGGUGCUCCACUGGCAGGUCCUCGGCCACCAUCCCUUCCUAUAACGUCGUCAGCUCCCUCAGGCAGCCUCCAAAGCCGGGCUACGGUUUUUCACCGCGCAACACCUUCUACCGCCAGGGCCUUGGAUCCUAUUCUGCACUUCAUGGAGACUACAGUUUCUCCGGCCUCGGGGAGAAGACGCAGAGCACUGAGUUCAGCAGCGCUCGCUCCGACGUUUCAGCAGGUUCGCUCACAGAAGCCGAUAGGAGUGCAUUGAACGCAGAGUUGUGUGCGUCCGCCACAUACAGUAGUGGCCUGCGCGGCUACUCUUACUCCCCACACCUGCGCCGCUCACUGCCCAACAUGCAUCAUAUGUCCUCUGAACCUCCCAAGAUCUAUCCUGCCCAUCUUCUACUUGUUUCCAACUACCGCCUACCCAAUGACGUGGACCGCUGUCACUUAGAGCGUCACCUCUCAGACACAGACUUUGAAAUGGUGUUCCACAUGACCCGCAUGGACUUCUACCGCCUCCCCGAGUGGAGGAGAAACGACCUCAAGAGGCGAGCCAAGUUUUUCUAAACAAUAAUAGUAUUUUACAUUAGGAAAAUUAAUCCCUAUACCUACAUCAAUGAUUGGCAGCAUUAAUAAUGAUAGUUUACAAAUUAUGUAUUGGAUGUGUUGUUGGAGUAAGUGAAUUACAGAAUACUGUUUUAAAUAUUUAAAUAUUCAUAUAUUUUAAUUAAAUGUUUUUGCUGACUAAACUGAGCAACCACAAAAAAAUUCACAAGCAGUACUGGAGAGUAUAAAACUAAUGAAGCUUUUGUUAUGGAACGCCUCUCAAACAUCAGCUGCAAAACAUUUACGGACGGUGCUUUAAUCAAUUCCAUGUGACGUAUAUUUGUAGCAAAUAUAUGUGUAGUAUUUUUUAAUGCAUACUAUAGAAUGUUUGGUUAGGUUGAACCCAGAAGUGGUUUUUGUACAUCACUGAAGCAAAACAAUUUCCUUACUGAGUCCUUAAUCUUAUAAAUAUUUAUAAAGAUACUUUUAAAUGCGAUUCAGGUAUUGAAAAGCCUUCGCCAGGUCAGAGUAUCGUGUUUCGGGCAGGUGUGGAGUCUUCAGGUGACUGCCAACACUGCACACACACGCCCGCCUGGCCAGAGUGUCUCGGCUGCUUGAGUGUCCCUCCUCUAGUCUAUACUUUAUUUUUCUGUGUGGAUACCAUCUAAAGUAUUUGUGAACUAAUUUUUAUUUUCUGUUGAAAUCUCUUAGUGUUGUUAUUUGGUGCUUAUGUUAGGCAGUGACCCCAAUGAUUUAUGGCAUCCGUAGCUAUCAAAGUUUGUAUACCUAUUAAGUAUGACAUUAUUCACACAAUGUUUAAUUUUAGCUGUGUAAAUAUGACCAAGAAAAGAACUUGAAGUGACUCUCAGCAUCAUCAUGGCUUGUUUUGUCACCCACCCACAAGAAAGCUUAGAAAUUCAUCAAUGAAAGGCUGUCUGAAUUUCACCUUCAGUUGUACUUGACCAUGUGUAACAAUGUCUGUACAUAGUGCCUCCCUAGAGCUUCACACAAGGUGCAGCGAGCGGUUGUGACCCUCAGGCAGGGUGGCCAAGGGUAUGCUGGGAAGGCUUCACUAGUUUAUAUAUUGUAAAGAUCUCUAUUUGUCAGGGAGGGAGAGAAAUCCUCCUUCAUCAAGAUCAAAUUAGGGGAACUCUUCUUCUGUCUGUGCUUCUCAGAAGGUUACCACAAUUGGCAUUAUCUUCAGCAAAGCUCUUUAUCUGGUUACCUGUAGGACAUUCACUCGUUAUCACCCCUCAAGGAAUUCAUAAGAUAUUAGUAUGUAGGAUUACAUGUUACUGAUCAUGCAGUUUGAACAGUGAAUGUGUGUGUGUGUGUGUGUGUGUGUGUGUGUGUGUGUGUGUGUGUGUGUGUGUGUGUACAUUUUGGGAGUGAUUCCCAAGGUGGAAGGGAUUGUGUGUGUUAGUUUGUUAAAUAAUUCUGUUACUGCACUGGCUGAAUCAGUGGUUGUUUAAGACUGCCAAGCUCUUUUUUGAAGAACAUGUUUUAUACUUAGGCUUCUCAUGAAAGUAAAUACCACCAUCAGGCUUUUUGAUGACAAGCAGUGUCCUGCUGUAGUGCUGCAUACUGAAUGACCAGUAUGAAUGAAUUCUGGAGCUGCGAGAGGUACAGUUACGUGCGAUGAGUUUUACACAUCUGUUUGAAGCCUUUAUAUCCCCUAGUGUAGGUUCACCAUCUAUAUCUCAAUGGUUCUGGACCCGGUCAGGGAAGACCGUUCAGGAGCAUUGAGGCUGUAGCAACAUUUAUGAUCAUAUUUGCAUUGUUUGUGUAGUGGUAGACAUUUUUAGGCAUCUUUUUUUUUUUUCCAGCUAUAAGAAAACAUUAUUCUGUAUGGUGCUGUGUUCCUUGUUCAUCCGUAAGCUCUUUUCUGUUCCCCGUAUAGUCAUAUCAUUUGUUAUAUAUUUUAUUGUAGGUUUUUGUGCAUUUUCACUUUCCAGAUAAAGGACCAAUGACUUUCUAAUUUUUGGAUGGUCGCCAAAUCUGCAAAAAACAUAGUGCAUAGGACUAUUCAUGUGAUUUGUUAGUUAUUCUUGAAACAUGCUGCUUUAUGAGAGAUACAGAUAUUUAUAUUUUCUACCAAUAUCCUCUCAAACAUCCUUGAUCUGAGUACUCAAAAUGUUGAGCAAGUCUUCAUAAAUGCCGUAUGAUUACAUCAAAUUAUUUAUGUUUGCCAUAUUUUUUUCAACUAUGUUGGUACUGAAGCAACUGUUGCUGAUUAACUUGUCUUAUUGUUUUAUAAAUAUCUUAUAAUUGCAUUUUAUUUUUUUAAACACCAGCAUCAGUUGUGUUCAGGCCUCACUGUUGAGAGGUUUGCCUUCACUGCAACGCUGCUGAGUCCUUGUCUUCUCUUUCCUCAGUCACCAGUGGUCUUCUCACUCUACUAAAUCCCUGCUUCUGUAUUUUGUUUUCACAGUAAAAUUUUAGAAAGCUAGUAUUCAUCCUAAGUUCAAGAUACAAGGAUAGCCAAAAAUUAUCCAUAACAUUAAUAAAAUACUGAUUACAAACUAAAGUGUUCACACAUUGUUUGGUCAUUUUUCUGAGCUUCUAACAAGUGCAUUAACAAGCUGCCUCAGGAGUGUUGUCUGGGCCACACCGCCAGAAUGUCACUGUCUGUUUGAGUCUGGGUGUCUUUGUGCUGGUCACUCAGCAAAUAGAUUACUUAUGUUUUUAGGUGUUUGGUAUCCCCAGUUUUCAGUUAUGAUUCAUUGCUUAGAGAGCUUCCUCGGCCUCAGUGGGCAAAAAUGCAUGUUGUAACAGUGAGUCCCAAGAGCACAACAUUGUUAUCCCUCUUCUGUCCUGUAAGGCUUGGUUCUGACUUCUGUGAAUGCUGCUCCCUGGGAGGCCACCUUGCCGGCACUGUGUUGCUUCCUCUAAAGAUUCCAUAAAUUUACUUUCUCCAGCUGUUAUAUCUGCAGGCUCAUUACUGAUUUUCUGUUUGAGUCCUUUACCUGUGAGAGGCAUCAGUCACUCCAGAGUUUCAGCUAUUGAAUUAUAUGUAAAUUUUUAGUUUUAUCAUUUCAGUUAGUUCCAUUUUUGAAAAACUAAUCACACUGUGCCAUGAACCAGUAAACUGAAGUAAUUAUCCAUAACUGUGAAACAGUGAAUCAAAAAUUGUCUCAAUCCAAGAAGGCAGCGCCCCUGAAGCCUUCCUUGAGGGUGCCACGUGUGUGCAGGGCCGGGCUUCAGCUGUGACUAGCAUUCGCAGUCACUUGCAUGCUGGUGGCUUGCUUUCCCUCCUUUAUGUGCUAAGUUAACAUAAGGAUUGCUGUUAAUAGUCUCCAUUAUUAACAUGGGCAAAGCAUAGGUGUUGGUGCAGUAGGCUUUUAUAACCAUUGUUAUUAUUUUAUCACUCACUUUUUAUUUUAUUUAUUUUCAUCAUUAUCAGUCUUAUCAUUAAAAGCUUGACAAUUUUACAGAACUGAUAUAAAUAUACCAUAGGCAGCACUAGUAAUUUAUAUUACACAUAAAUAUAAGCCUUGAUUUCUACCUGAUGUCGGAUUGUAAAUCUGUUGAGAGUACCUUGGACCACCACCACUAAUCAUUGCCAACACAUCAUCGUCAUCAUCAUCACUGUAAUCAUAGUCAUCGUUACGAGUACACUCAUCACCCUUCGCAUUCCCUAAUACACUCAUCAGUAGGAGUAGGUGAACACAGGGGCAGCAACAAGAUUUCACUAGGUAGCUUGUCGCGGAGAUCAAGACCUCAAAGCUCCACCUCAGUGACUUUUGUGACUAGGGCAGCUCAUGUGCAUGUGUAGGGAAGGCACGGCUUGCCCUCGUGGCCCUCUUCUCCUUCUACCUGUUCCUGGUGAGGAGAGGCACAGGCUUUGUAGCUGUGGAGGUGGAAUGCUUUAAGAAAUACAAGUGGCACCACAAUAACAUAACAACCUUUCAUUUUUAAUUAUGAAGACUUGCUUGACUGGGUGGCAAGGGAGGAACCGAUUGAAGUUGCUCCCUUGAUAUAUUUUUCUGUUCCCUGCUUUGUAAAUAGAAACUUUCAACUUCCUGUGACCAUUAUAUACAACAUAACUAUGACUUGGUUAAUGUGACUUCAGUCCUUUUAAUUGUAGAGUUAGUGUUAUUAUUAUGAUUAUUAGUUUUUCAUUAUUAUUUUUUUCAUUAUAAUUAUUAUCAUUAUUGUCAUUAUUAUUCACUGUAGUUACAAAUACUUAGGCCUGCAGGAGACACAGGUGGAUGGUUCAAACAUUCACGAGUACCUUCAGGCCUAAGCCAUUUAUCAACUUCCUAUUACCAAUAUCAUUACAUAGUUGAUUUUUUUUUUUUGGUGAUUUUUCUAUGUUCGUGUUUCGUGCCUUUUUUUUUAAGUCUGUUACUAAGCAGGUGUUCGGUUGGCUUUGAUUUAGACCGUGUUGCUGCGUCAUCUUCCCCGCCACACUCUGAAUAGAUCUCCGCGAAGAGCCUCCUGUUGAGCCUCAAACACCGCCUUGCCACUCCCGGAGCCCCGCCUGCUGACCCCCCCCCCCCUCACCCUACCCAGGGAGUACCAGUGGGCGGGUCAGCAGAGGUCAGCAAGGACAGCGUACAAGCCCACGAGUGAACCAACAGCUGCUGCUAAUGGCAUAUAGUUACUGAUGCAAAUUGUAUAUCCAUCACUGUUACGUGUCACGAGAUGGCGAACGCGGCCAAUCUCCAGAACUACUGUAGCCCUAUUCGUGUGUGUGUGUGUGUGUGUGUGUGUGUGUGUGUGUGUGUGUGUGUGUGUGUGUGUGUGGAUGGCAAGCACGGGCUGGGAGCCGCUGCCGCUGCCACCGUCAGCGAGGGCCAGUGUCACAGAAGGCUACAGACAAA